AUGUGCUAUGCUAAGGAUGAGGAGAACGAUUACAGAAAAUUAACAUUUUUAAGGCUUUCGAAAAUACUGUCCCUAUCCUCCGUAACGUCGAGGAGUAAGGCCCAAGAAUUGAUAAAAAGCGGGAAAAUUAAGGUAAACAACCAAGUAAUUAAGCAAAAUGUUGCUGUUGAUGUAAAUUCGACGAUAGUGAUAGACGGAAAGAAAAUUAACGUAGACAUUACAACAAAACUAUGGGGUGUUUAUAAGCCGAAACAUGUAUUUUGCAGUACUGAUAAAAAUUACGAAUAUGAGGAAAAGCGGAUAUUUUAUAAUGAUUAUAAGAGGGUGUUAGCUGAGAACUAUAAACUACAACUACCAUAUAAGGGAGAUAUGGAAGGGGCUAAAAAGAUACAGAGGAAGCUUCUGACAAGUAUGGAAUUAACAGGAAGUUCUAGUACAGAUCAAAAAACGUUAACGAUAAAGCAGAGUAUAAUGGGUGAAUUGGGCAAAAAAAGGAAUAACGUAAGGGGAAUUGUGAACGAUGGAAAGUCAGAUAUAAGGGAUAAAAAUGAGUUUUUUAAGAAUAAUAGAAUAAUAACUAGGAAUAAUUCAAAAUUGAAUAUGAACCUUUUCGAUUUUAUAAAAAAAAAAAAUAUAUUAUAUGAAUCAAAAAAUAAUGUAAUAAAUUUUAUACCUGAACACUUAAUAAUUGUCAAUAGUCUUAACUCAUUAAGUGAAGGAAUAGUAUUACUAACAAAUGAUGGAGAUUUUGCAAAUAAUUUGAAACAUGUAAAUAAUAAUAUAUUAACUACUUAUUUAAUAAAAACACAAGAACAAUUAACUGAUGAAAAAAUAAAAUUAUUGCAAAAAGGUUGUUAUGUAGAACAUGUGCAUAUACGUCCUUUACAUGUACAAGUCAUAAAAUCUGGGUUAGUAAGUAAAUGGAUUAAAUUAACAUAUGUUGAAAAAUCACACACAGAUAUAGACAAAUUAUUUGCAAAAUAUAAUAUAACCAUCAGGAAAUGUAAAAGAUUUUCUUUUGGACCUUACAGAUCAUCUGAUUUAACACAAAAUUUUAUUAUGCCUUUAAAAAUACACUCAACAAUUGUUCAUUUAAUUCCUAAAUAUAAUUCAAAAUUAACAUUAUGCCAACCACCUGGGAAUAUGGUAACUGAUACUGAUGAUAAAUUUGUCUACGUACAAAAUUAUUUAAAGGAUUCAAUUGUUAGGGAUAUAUGA